AUGCAUCGACGUUCAUCAAUCUCUCUCUGUAAAUCACUUUUCAAACACCCUUUUGAGAAAUCAACAAUACCCAAAUCUUCUUUUCCUUCAAGAAGUCUCACAUCUCUCUCAAAUCAACAUAUUUCCAACCACUUUACAUCCUUAAUCCUUACAAAAACCACACAUUUUCUUGCCCCAACAAGGUCAAAUUCAUCAACCCAGUUCGUAAUUUUCAAGAAUGUUAGGCAAUACAGUAUAGACACUGACAGAGAAGUUGAUAAAAUAAACCUCAAGUUUGCAGAAGCAAGAGAGGAGAUAGAAUCAGCUAUGGAAUCUAAAGAGACAGUGUAUUUUGAUGAAGAAGCUGAAUGUGCACGUGCUGCUGUUAAGGAAGUUCUUGAUUUGUAUAAUGGGUUGUUGGAAAAGAUGUCGGAGAGCGAAAAGGGGGUGAUUCAAAGGUCUAUGGGGCUUAAGCUUGAGCAAUUGAAGGCUGAGCUUGACCAAUUAAAUGAAUGA